AUGGGCGGACCGCGGAAAGCUGCUGACGACGUGCUGCCGUCCCCGAGGCGACCCGUCGGCUUGCCUCGCCUCCUCCGCGGCACUGUUCGGAGGAUUAUUAUAGAGAAUCCUGAACAGGAGCCAUUAUCCCCGUUUUUUAGAGGAGGGAAUUUUUAUCCUGGAAAUAACGUCAUCUAUGAAAAAACAAUAAGAAAAUAUGAGCUAUUAAACCCCCACCAAGAGAAGCAAUAUCAAUUUUCACACCAAUAUCAAAUUCCCCAGCAAUCAGAUCAAUGUCAUGUUAUCCAGCCCUGCCAGCAGUCUGAACAGUCCCAGGUCACUCAUCAGUGCCAACAAACACAGACUGGUAGCCCUUGUGAAAUAAUCCCAGUCUCUGUGAGCGAUGACUGCAGAGGAAAUACAGUGAGGAGGGUAACAGUUCAGACAUGUGAACCGGUGAGUUGCCCUCAGGAAAAUAAUGACCAGCUGGACUGCCGCUACUUUGGUGAGCUGCUUGCUGAACUGAACCGCAAGACCAAUGACUUGUACAGUUGUUUACUACAGCAUGUGGAAAAGAUAGGAGGAAGGAACCAUGACAUUGAACUUACCAGUCAGAUUGAAGAUGUUGAAGAUUUAAUUCCCAAAGGACUGUCUGAGGCAACAAAGCAGCAGAUUCGUUAUCUCCUCCAGAUGAGAGUGACAUCAGAUAAAUCAUUGAGGCUUGUGCUUUCCACUUUCAGAAAUUUACGUGAAGAGCUUUGCCAUUUACAGGAUGAUUUGGGGAAAUUAGAAACUGACAACGUCUGUCUUAAGAAGGAUUUGUCUUUUAAAGAUUCUCAAGUGAAAGAGUACGAAACUAUGUUGACUUCCUUGAGAGCAAAUAAUCGUCAGCAGCAGCAAGGACUCAGAGACAGUACUGCAAAAUGCCACUCUCUGGAAGAACAACUUCUUUCUCUUCGGCUCAGUGAGGGAGAAAAGGAUUGUAAGUUAAAAGAACUGGAGUACUGCAAGCGUGCCUUGGAGCAAGAGAUCCAGAACCUGAAACUACAGACCUGUUCUAAUCCAACACUUCAGACCACCACAGAUGAACUCUCUAGCCGGUACGUAGAGAUGAUCAACAACUUGAGAGAGGAUAAAGAUCGUGAGAUCCGCAGCCUUAGGUCUCAGUUAUCACAAUUCCAGCACGAUAUAUCAAGGAGAGAAGGAAGUAACAGUGACUUGCAAAUAAGGUUGCAUGAACUGACAUCAAUGCUGGAGGAGAAAGAUGCUUUUAUUAAGCAACAACAAGAGGACAUCUUCAGAUUGAAGCAAGAGAGAGUAUCAGGCAAUCAGUCUCCUGGUGUAACAGCCAUCAUCACUAAGAAGUAUAGGAAUCAGUAUCCAAUUCUGGGUCUCUUGUCUGAUGACUACAAGGUUACAUCACCAGUCAAUAAAUCACAAACUAUUGUAAUUGAGAGGACGGGAGAAAUACGGAAACACGAUUGAAAGCUAUCCCUUAGCCAGAGUUGCUUAAAGGAUUUCACACCAAAUGACUAAAAUUGCUUUACUUUCUGCUAUUUUGCAUCAGUAAAAGAUUCAGGCUGACACUGAGAGAAAGUGGGGAUUGCAUUAAGAAUGUGGAAACAGGAAAGAUGACUAUGGAAAAUGCUGUCUUAACCUCAUCAUAAAGAACUGAGUUCCCCAUGUUCUUCAUAAUCUGCUGAUAACAUGUUAUACUUUCCAUACACUUAGUGUUCUCUGCUGAGAGAAAAGUUAUUACCAUCCUUCUGUAGACUUAAGUUUUUCCUGACAGUCACUUCUUGACUAACUUCACUUCUUCUGUCAGUCUUGCAGUAUUCUAAGAGACAAAAGAGAAAAAUCUGAUACUGAUACCUCUUUGGGAGGCUUCAUGGCAUGUUCUUCUGUCCUGUCUACUCAUAUAAUGAGUAGGCAAGAAUGAUAUAAAUUUAAGCUACAUACAUAUCCAAUGGCUGGUUUCAAUACAGAUUCAGAGAUUGUCAUUUUUAUCUGCUACUGCCUAGUCAAGAUGAAGCAAAACCCAAGAACAACCUUCAGGGGGAGCUUUAACACUAAAAGGCACCUCACCGAAAAACGCAACUUAGUGUUUUAGCUUCCUGUAGGUAAAUCUAAGGAAAAACUGCUUAACUUGCUCCAUACCUACAAGAACUUAUUCAGCUCACGGUUAUGGAAUUAGCAGGUACCAAACUUACUUACUUAUCUAGAGUUACAUAAAAUGACUGGGCCAAUUUUUAAGGCAUGUGUUUGAGAUCAGAGUUAGUAUGUUUUUAACUGAAGCUCUUAUAAGCCCCCAAACCAGCCAUAGCUAUGUAUUUUACAGUCGCUGAGCUUUGAGUAUUUCAAGAACUUGUUUUUAAUAAUAGGGAAACUUACUUAGUAUGAAAAUAGCUCUUGGACUAAAUCUUACUAUCCAUCAGACCAAUCUUCCAUUUACAGGUUUUGCUCCAGGCAGGACUACAGAGGUUGUCUCAACUGAAUAACUAACAAACGUAGUGUGUUUGGGGGAGAGGGGAAAGUGCUAAGAAUCAUAAGGGAAUACUAAAACACUCUCCAAUCAAAAGGUGCUAGCUCUGUAUCACAGGGUUCUUGCUUUGCUUUAUUUCUGCAGGCUUAUAUAUUUCUGUUCACAAAGAACGUAUCUUAUAGACAAUGUUUAACAGUGGAAGAAGAACCCUGUACGCUAUGUGCAACUAUGAAAUAAACAUUAAGUAAGUGUAA